CGCCGACAUUGAUUCCCGCGACUCGUACUGGAAUUCGCCAGGCCAGGCUUCAUAUCCCGAGGCAUGGAGCAUCCAAAUCCGACUAGAGAGGAUCAGGAGCCUGAGGCUGCCAAUGGCCAGCGGAGAAACUCAGUGCCGCACUUCAUCUUCAUCAGUUUCAUGCUCUUCCUCCUCACCAAUCACAACGGAGACGAAUUCCUUGCGAAGCACCAGUAUCAAGACGCUCUUCAAACUCUCGAGCAUCAGCUCGGGAACUACAGUGCUUGGAUGAAUGGGACAGCUUCUAACUUUAGUCUCCCGGAACAGAGCCCCGCUAUCCCUGCACUGCUAUCCUACUUCAAUUUAUCGAAUGCCGCGCUCGACAUCAAACACUCAUCUUAUUAUUCUAAUUCCACCGGCACAUUUCACGGGGACGUCUCUUUCUACAACAUCACACCACCGUAUUUGAAUGCUACCGCUCCCGGCGCUCUGACGCCUUUGGCUACACAGUACAUGGGUGCGACGAACAUGAGCGAAGUCGCACUCAAAUUGGGGAAUUGGAAUUUCUCUGCCUCGGACAAGGUUGCCAUCAGUCUCGCAGAGAAGGCCCAGCUCUCCGGAACUGCACUCAUUCAUGUGCGCACCCAUAUAUCCAUUCUAUGGGACGUGUGGUAGACUCUUUCGUUCUGAAGGGUAAGCUGGAAUUAACCGAUUCGAUCAAUGAACGGGAUCUUCGUCUUGAAUUCGAAGGGAUCCACUAUCCCGAGAACGGCACAAUGUACGCGAUCGCGGAGGGCAUCGGUCAGCACGUUGACAUCCGUUAUCUACCUUCGAUUGUACCGGCCUCAUCUCGAAACCAUACGGCUCAUGUCGUUGAACCAGAACUUGCCUCACGUGUCGCCAAGCUCAGAAACUUGAUUGACGCGGGAGUCAUCGAGCCAGAGGCCGCUGCAGACGAUUCCGCCAAGACCGAAUGUUCUUUCUCGCUUUACCUCUCACUGGAUCCAGUCAAGGUCCCUGAACGGCUGUUGAGGGAACUGGAAGCCGAGACUCAGCAUCCGACUGGGGCAUGGACCGUGACACCGCCAGCCAUGACCCUUCGCGGACUUCUCCUCAGCAGGAAUUGUGGUAUCGUAUACCAAUUCCACAAAACUGACGGGGUUGGCUUGCAUUCACUCUUUCGUAAACUUACAACUUACGCCGGAACCACUGCGAUCACAUAUCUGGUCAUGCUCGUCCUGUUGUCCCGUCAAAUGCAACGCAGCCGGACUCCCUCGGGGAUCUCGCGUCUUUCGUUUUGGACAUUUCUAGUCCAAGCAACUGUCGAUUCGCUUUCUUUCGCUGGGCAUACCGUUUUUGCGCUGGUAGCUUCCGGGACACCUUCGUUGUCAUUGAUCGCCCCCGCUUUUCUGGCUUGUGUCUUGUUUGCCCAUGAAGCACAAUUCGCCAUGUUGAUUCAACAAUUCCAAGCGCCUGAGAAUGCACCUGCACCGGUGCCUGUUGUGGACUCUCCAGCCCCGGAGAUAGGCUCCCCUCAGCCAACAGUUUCUCCUCCUGCGGUGCAGCCAGUUGCGCCCCCAGCACAGCCAUCCUUCCUCGCGUUUCUCAUCCAUCACUUGCGCACGGAUCCGCAGCUGAGACUUUGGAUUCUUUUGUUCGCUUUUCUGACGUUGAUUGUGCACACAAUCUUGUCGGCCACCAUGUCCAUGAUCUUUGUGGUUGUCUCGUAUUCCUCCCUGUGGUUGCCUCAAAUCGUUCGCUCUGUCCAACGAGGGAGGUCUAGUGGGCUCGCCAAUGAAUACCUGAUCGGGACGACCGUCUGUCGGCUCUAUAUGCUGCUUUACUUUUUGCUUUGCCCCAAGAAUGUGCUGGACAUCGAGCCUCGUCCUUGGGUCAUCAUACUUGUUCUACUCAUCUGCACCCAGAUGCUUGUCGUGAUGCUCCAGGAUACUGGUCUGGGGCCUACGUUUUUCCUUCCGCGAUCGUAUGGGGUCGUACAGCGUUACGACUAUCAUCCAGUUUUUCCAAACCCAGACGAGGAGUCGGCGCAGUCCUCGUUGGGAGACUGCUCCAUCUGCAUGGAUGCCAUCAUGGUUGAGCGCGGACGGUCCCUGGACCAGGACAAGUCUGGCAGCAUCAUGAGCGCUGUGCAGAUCGGUGUCGAGAAUGUCUCCGCGCGGAAAAACUACAGUCUCGCUCCUUGUCAUCACCUUUUCCAUACAGAUUGUCUGGAAAGAUGGCUUGCGAUCAAGAACAUAUGUCCGCAGUGUCGUCGGCCGCUACCCCCGCUAUGAAACUUUGCUCUCUGUAUUUACAUCUGUAACAUUGCAUAUCAUUUGGCCGUGGCUUUGAUCAAGCAAGUUUGCCCGCAGUACCCUAGUUUGCCGAUCUGUGGACGUCGCCGGCAUUGCUGAUCAUGGGUCAGUUGCGAAAUGGCGUCCAAAAUUAACUCACAGGGCAAAGAGGAGGGAUGUGCAUAAUGUCAGCUUUGAGACAUACAGUGCCACAGUAUAAAGACUCUGCUAUCCGCGGUUUUUUGCCACAGUUCUACGUCCAAGGCCGUAAGGAUUCAAUUAUCAGGAUCAGUCACGACCCAACUCGGACCUUGCAUUGUGUUAUCGUCCUCGUCGGCGUCUUCAAACCACCCAAACGUUCUCGCACACGCUCCAGCGCGCGUCCGUACUCAUUCGAGCCGAGAAGAUCAGAGCCAACACCCCAGAACGAGUCUGUCGUCGAAUCUUGAUACAACUCGGCAUCGUCCGUCGCGAGCAGCACGGCUUUCGCAGCCGCAUGUUGAGAAAAUCGGAGGAACAGUGCCUCCUCCAUCUGAAGAAAUCAAUCCGUUUGUCGCGUGCGCACGGCGUCGGUCGUACCAUGGAUAUGUUCACAGAGAGCCAAUCGGAGCGUGCAGAGCUCUGGUGGGCAUGUGCUAUCUUGAACGCCCCGUCAGCAGUCGCCUCCUUCCGUACGGCUUCCGCUAGAUCGGGUCGGAUGCCAAGGAACU